AUGAUCGAUUCUCUCAUCACCAUUGCAUUCGUCCUGUCCAGUAUACUGACGGUAGUGAUCUUACUGCUCCCCUCGCAGUAUGUCCCACCUCGGUCAUCGACAGGACAGGCCGAGACCGAGAAGCCCACCGUGCAGAUCCUCGUCUUGGGGGAUAUUGGACGGAGUCCGCGCAUGCAAUACCAUGCUCUAAGUAUUGCUAGGAAGGGUGGGAAGGUGGUCAUUAUUGGAUAUAAAGAAUCCGACCCCCACCCCGAUAUCGUAUCCAAUCCCAACAUCACCGUCGUCCCUUUGCGUCCUCACCCGGCCAUCCUACAGACUAGCAAUAAACUUUUGUUCACGAUAUUCGGGCCAUUGAAGGUUCUCUUCCAGGUCGCUUGUCUCUGGCAAUGCCUUGCAUACACAACUGCUCCCGCGCGGUGGAUUAUCGUGCAGAAUCCACCCUCCAUUCCUACUCUGGCUGUGACAUCCUUGUCUUGCUUCCUACGGCAAACGCGGCUCAUCAUCGAUUGGCAUAACUUCGGGUACUCGAUUCUUGCACUCAAGCUGGGACCCACCCACCCGCUUGUAAAGCUAUCGACCUGGUAUGAAAAGACCUUUGGCAAAUCAGCUUCAGCCCAUCUCUGCGUGACAGAUGCAAUGGGGCGAGUUUUGAAAAAGGAUUUCCAGCUUCAGGCGCCUAUCCUAUCAUUACACGAUCGACCGGCCAGCCACUUCAAUCCCAUUUCCAGUCUGGAUGAGCGAAAUGCAUUCCUCGCGGCUCUCCCAGAGGCACAGUCUGUUCGUCCAUUGCUGGAAUCCGGCGCCGUUCGUGUCCUAGUCAGCUCCACAUCUUGGACUCCAGAUGAGGACUUUUCGGUCCUCAUUGAAGCUUUGGUGAAGUAUUCCGAAGUCGCCGUGGCCCAACCACACCUUCCAGAUAUUCUGGCCAUAAUUACCGGGAAGGGCCCGCAAAAGGAAAUGUAUUUGAAACAAAUCGCGGCAUUGGAAGCUGCAGGAAAGCUUCAAAGGGUCACUAUUCACACCGCCUGGUUGACCGUGCCAGACUACGCGCGAUUGUUGGCAUCGGCAUCUCUGGGUGUCAGUCUGCACACCAGUAGCAGCGGGGUUGACCUUCCGAUGAAAGUAGUCGACAUGUUUGGUGCGGGACUGCCAGUUGUUGGUUGGAAUCGGUUCGAAGCCUGGCCGGAGCUGGUGACAGAAGGUGUCAACGGGAUGGGCUUUGGAAGUUCGAUGGAGCUAACGGAUCAACUGGUCGAGUUGUUUGAUGACAAUCAAAAACUAGAUCGCCUGCGGGCAGGUGCUCAGAAAGAAAGCUUGCGUCGAUGGGAUGACGAAUGGGAUCCCAUCGCAGGAGCUUUGCUUGGCUUGACAUGA